CUAUUGGACAAGUGCAGGGAGGUCCCUCCCUGUUUUGUUUGCUUCUGUUCAAGAAACGGUUUUACAACUGAAUACACCCCAGAGGGUCUGGUUGAGUUUAUUUUGUCUUCUGAACAGCUCAAGCUUUAGAACAAUGAACCAUUUGUUUGGAUGGAGAAGGCUUGCCAGCCUGACGUUCAUGCUGCUAUAUUUCGACAUUGAUGUACUCUGUGCUUCCCAACCAACAGUCCAGUCUGAGACUCGGCGGGUAAAAGGCGUCGUGGGGCAGUCUCUCUCUUUUCCAGAGAGGGUGAACAAGUCUGGCAAUUUACUUCACGAAGACCUUGGCAGUAUUGCAAAUGUGUACCCUGGUAAAGAAGGCAAAAUCACCCUCGAGAAGAGAUUUGAAAAUCGUAUUUACUUGAACAGUGUUACGAGAUACUUCACUCUGUCAGACCUCAAGAUAGACGAUGCUGGGGUUUAUACUGUGGAGGAUACAGAUGGAGGGGGGAAAAACAGAUUUGAGCUCACUGUAUACAAUGUUGUUUCCAAACCUCAGGUGACAUGGUGUGACAGCAGCUCCUGUCGUGCGGUGUGUUCUGUGGACAACGGAAAAGAGGUGACCUUGACCUCGUACAGAGGAGAGGAAAAACUAAACCAGACCAGCAGUCCUGAUCUCACCACCGAUCUCUCUCUCCGUUUGGAGGUAGAGGGAAAGAACUACAACUCCACCUACAGCUGUGUGGCUACUAACCCUAUCAGCAAUGAGACAGUUCCUGUCCCAAAAUGUUGCAGCAAAGAUGGUCAUCCUAAUGAUGCAGACAGUGGUGAGAGGGGUCGGGGUAUUCUUAUUAUUGCUGUAAUCUGCGUUUCGGUUGCCUUGGGGAUGGUUGGACUUGCAAUCUAUCUAAAGAAGAGGAGAAAUGGACAACCAAAAGAUUCAUCUCAAAAAGUGCAAGUUGACAUUAUGUACACAACGAUAACUCCUAAAAAACAAGCAGAUAAUCAGGAGGAGGGAACAGGUGUACCAGAACUGGAUUCACUUAGAGACAAACCAAAAUUGAUAUCAGUUUAUGAUACACUCCAAUCACAUCGCAUGGCUGCCAGCGGUGAUGUUGACACAGCAUGAAGAAGCAAAGGAAGUUGCUGAGAUGCCAACAUGAUAAUUCACAUCCUGGAGAGGACGGCAUAUCUUAAAGAGGAUGUUGAAACAAAAUGAAAGUUAAAAAAAAUAUUCACCCAGAAAACCUUUUAGAGGCACAGUUGUUAUGGGAGAAAAUUCCCCUGAAACUUUUGCACUAAUGUUAUAAUUUCAGGCUUUCUUUGUAGGUCAUUCUCAAAGACCUUCUGCCAAACAGGGGUCUUGAUGACAUUCACUGGUAUGGACCAAUUCAAUAACUAUGCAUUGAGUUAGUAGCAGGAUCUGUAUACUCCUUCUUUUCAAGUGCCUUUUGUUCCAAAUCCCAAUUUACAGGUUAAAACAAAUGGAACCAGUCUUUUAAUCCAAUUCCCUAGUGUGUUUGCUAUGCUACUGCUGGGCCAAAGCUUAUUUUCAGUACAUACUGUUCUGUUGUUUAAAUGUAGGCCCCUCUACUGUAUCGUUUUAUAGCUGGUUACGGUUUAGCUUGCCAGAGGAUAGCAGCUGUGUACGUAUUAUAAAAAGAGCAGGCGUUUGAGAUAAAGCCACUUACUCCUUAGAAGCAAUGGCUGUUAGGCUGCUUUAGAAAAACAAAAAGGUCCAUAGAUGUUUUUUUUUUCCUUUCAUCAUGUAUGUUGUAUUGAAACACUUCUGAGGAUAGAUCUUGAUUUGCCGUUUGAUCUUCAGUGACAUUUUCCUCUUCUUAGCGUUUUUCACAAGAUGUAGGUCUGGGCUGAAUUGUAACUCUUAAUUAGCUCAUUUUGUUUAUUAUGAUGGACCAUCUGUUGGUUAUCCCUAUCUCUGUGUUUUACAUUUUUUUUAUAUAACCUUUAGGGAUAAAAAAAAGAUAUAUAGGACAAAACACACAUCAUGACAAGAGAGACCUAAGACGACAACAUAGCAUGGCAGCAACACAUGACAACACAGCAUAGUAGCAACACCACAUGACAACAACAUGGUAGCAACACAACGUGGCAGCAGCACAACAUGGUAGCAGCACAAAACAGGGUACAAACAUUAUUGUUUGUACUGCUAGCUGUAGCGAACUGAAAAGUGAUGGGGAUGUGUGUGCUUUGGGGACAUUUAACAGAAUGUGACUGGCAGAACGGGUGGUAUGUGGAGGAUUACAAUUGGCUCAUUCAUCCCCCUCCUCUCCCCUGUAACUAUUCCCCAGGUCGUUGCUGCAAAUGAGAACGUGUUCUCAGUCAACUUACCUGGUAAAAUAACGGUAAAAUAAAAUAAAAAUAAAAAAUAAAAAAAAUGAGGGCUGCAGUAGAUAUCUCAGAUAGGGGGGAAGUGAGGCCUAAGAGUGUUUUAUAAAUAAGCACCCGUCUUGCGACGGGUGUACAGAGAGAUGUGACCAGUUUACAGAAGAGUAUAGAGUGCAGUGAUGUGUCCUAUAAGGAACAUUGGUGGCAAAUCUGAUGGCCGAUGGUAAAGAACAUCAAGCCGCUCGAGAGCACCCUUACCUGCCGAUCUAUAAAUUACGUCUCCGUAAUCUAGCAUGGGUAGGAUGGUAAUCUUAAUCAGGGUUAGUUUGGCAGCUGGGGUGAAAGAGGAGCGAUUACGAUAGAGGAAACCAAGUCUAAAUUUAACCUUAGCCUGCAGCUUUGAUAUCUGCUGAGAGAAGGACAGUAUACCGUCUAGCCAUACUCCCAAGGACUUGUAUGAGGAGACUACCUCAAGCUCUUAACCCUCAGAGGUAGUAAUCACACCUGUGGGGAGAGGGGCAUUCUUCUUACCAAACCACAUGGUCUUUGUUUUGGAAGUGUUCAGAACAAGGUUAAGUGUAGAGAAAUAUGGAACGCCAUUUGGAUCUUUACGUAUCAAAAAGAUACAUGUCAAGUAACACUAUUUGACGCGUCAAAUAAGCUUUUAAUUUGACACGUCAAAUAACACAAUUCUAUUAUAGAAUGUUGUGUGUGAUGAAUUUGAACGUGCAAGCCAAGCGCCACCACUACUAUCAGUAGCAUUGUCAAAGCUUCACAAAAAGUCUGCAAACAAGCACACACUGGCCACGAACAAUGUGUUUACAAUACCGCGUUGGUAAUAAGGCAUUAUUUGUUCGACCGCAACUUCUUUGGUAUCUAACCCUAACCCAAUACAACUUGUCGUUUUGCUGUGUUUUUGGGGAAGAACAUUGUUUGCAUCAAAUCCAUCAGCUAGCUAACUUUUUUACAACCAGCAUUGUCCAGAGCUUGGGGAAGGGCAGGUGUGCGAGACAACUUUGCCAGCAUCAUAGCGAUACGUAUCGAUUAAUCGUUGUGACAUAUUAAAUACGAGGGAUAGUGUAAUCAAUGUGUAAUAACUAAGUAAAAAAUGUAUGAACGCGUUCAAUUAUUAGGUGACGUGCAGUCAUAUUCAGGUCCCGAUUGGUCAACAAGCUUAUUUGACACGUCAAAUAGUGUUAUUUGACGUGUAUAUAUUUUUUGGACGACAGACAGUGGCGGAGACAGCAAAUGUUCUGACUUUAUAUCCUUCUAUCAGAGCAUUUUGUGAUCCACCUACAUUAGUGCAACUUUUGUAUGGAUCUGUGCCUGCAAAGAUUACUGUGACCCAGAAAUAUCAAAUCUGGUCGAUACCAUAGUGAGUCGUUGCACUGUAGGCCACUUCCUUUUUAUGCCACUCAAUUUCUGAGUAGUUGCUGAGACUGAAUAUGAAGAUCUAAUUCACUUUUCACUGUUUUAAAAUAACCCCAUGACUUAUUCAAACUGAUAAAAAUAAACGUGUUGUGCUGAGCUUCAAUACAUUAAGUCAAAGGCUUACCCAUACCUUUCAUUUAAAGUCAUACAUUGUGUAUACUUCCUGAUGUUUAACAGUCAUUAAUACAUCAAUACCCAUGCUUGCAAUAUAUACAUGUUUUACAUACCCUGUCGCAACCCAAAAUACGAUUACUCUAUUCUCCCUUUAUGUUUUUGUUGUCGUUUAAAUCUUUGUAAACAAAGUAUGUAUUGCUUCAGAAUACCCGCGUAAACUGUCACUCCUUGAAGCCAAAGCUGCCUAUGAGUUUGAGAGGGGAAACAUUUCUCCAGAAACACAACUUCAGAUUGUGGUUUUAAUGUAAGCCUACUUCUCGGGUCAAAUAGGAGGGAUCACUAUAAUUGUUUGGUGGAUUCUCUAUUUUAGUGACUUUAAGUGUGUGUGACCUUUUGUCAUGUCACUUUGCAUGCCAGGCAGCUGUACAUUUAUAAACAAUAAUGACUGGUAACAGUGAUUUACUCAUUUGUGUUUAAAAAUCCUAUACACUUUCAAGCAUUGUUUAGAGAAAACGUUGGCCUUUCCUUCCAAUCCUUUCUCGCCAUCUAGUGGUUGAAUGUUUUUAUAUUACAGUAUAAAAACAUUGGGUAUAUUGUGUAAGUGUAGCGUAAAUCAUGUGCAAUCAAAAUGUUAUCUAACCUUUCUAUGCUUUGGACUGUGAUCACACAUGUCUGUGCCAUUGUGCCAUUUAUUGUAACGUUAUUGUGAGUAACAAUUAAAACACUUGGGAAAUAUGCCAUGGCGAUGCUAUUUUUAUUGUUUAUAUCACAUUUGGUAGGAAAACAUGAGAGCCUCAUUGAUCAUUCUGUGUAGCCUAUGUGUGUUCAUCUUACCAUUGUUAUAUUACUGUGUUUUUGAUUUUGUAUUAUAGAUAUGUUGUGAUAGAGUAUAAUAAUAGGUUGAGUUAUGUACUGUUUUAUUUUGUAUGUAAUUGCGUAAUCGUGAUUGGACCCCAGGAAGAAUAGCCAAUGGGUGUCACGUUCCUGACCUUAUUUCCUUUGUUUAGUCUGUGUUUAGUUGGUCAGGACGUGAGCUGGGUGGGCAUUCUAUGUUUUGUGUUUCUAUGUUGGGUUUGUUGUUUGGCCUAACAUGGUUCUCAAUCAGAGGCAGGUCUUUGUCAUUGUCUCUGAUUGGGAACCAUAUUAAGGUAGCCUGUUUGCACUGUUGGUUUGUGGGUGAUUGUUUUCUGUCUUUGUGUUCUGCACCAGAUAGGACUGUUUUCGGUUUUCACAUUUGUUGUUUUGUAGCUUGUAGUGUUCACGUUAUUAUUCUUUAUUAAACAUGUUGAACACUAUAUUAAACAUGUUGAACACAC